CUGGUAGCAGCUCGUCUGCUACCCGUUGAUGCGCGAUAGCAAGAACAACAACAAUAUUCUGCCAUUAUGUUAUGUAUUCAGUCCGCACGCUUCUUGCGAAUGUUUGUUUAUGUUUAAGUUCGUCUUCUAAUAAAGUUUUUAAUAUGUUUAUUUUGUAUGUGCGCGUUUAACUAAUGUGCAACGAUGCACUCGAACACCCCGUCGGCGCGUACAUAACAGUGGCGACGAGAAAAAGUUAAGAUUGAGAACAUUUACGCGCGAGUGCAGUGAAAGUGUUUCCAUCACGGAAGAGGCGGAAAAUUUCAGAAGCCGGCAUGUUUUCGCCUCCCGGUGAUAACCCAUCUGGAUCAGUGCCGCCGGUAAAUGGACUGCAGCAGACACAGCAGAGUCAAUUUCAGCAGCCGGAAGGGCGAAUGCAGAAUCAGCAGCCGCUGCCAAAUCCAAUCAUUCGACCAGCAUUAUUCCAUCCCAGUGUUUCCCAAUCCAGUACACACGUACCACUGGGUCAACAGCAGCAAGUGCAAUCAAAUAUUUCGUCGAUUGAUCCGAUGAUGCUGCACUUCUUCCAGCAGAUGCAACAGCAGUUCAACCUACAGUUUCAGCAGCAUCAGGCGUUUUUAAAGCAGCAGGAGGAAAUGUUCCGGACGGCCUUGUCGGCGAUGUACCGCCAAAUUCGGAGCUGUGUGUGAGAUGGUUAGUG